AUGGCAAACAUUGAAGCAGACCACGUCGAAGAGAUCUCAGACGAGACUCGGACAACUUCGCAGGUCAAGGGUGGGAGCAUAGGCAAAUCUGAGAAUUGCGAAGAUGCAACCCCGGUCAGCGAAUAUACGCAUAUAGCUCACCCUGAACCGUCGCCAUUCGAGAGUUGGAUCCCUGGCGGAUACAGUCAGUCCAGAAUGCUAAGGUUCAAAAACCCCUCGACGAUGUAUAGGGUACUCAACCUCUUUGCUGGCACUGCGAUUUGCUUCUACGGGUAUGACCAGGGUGUGAUGUCGAUGGUCAAUCUCAAUCCUGAUUACCAGAAGCUCAUGGGCAUUUUCCCUCUCGAAGGGAGUUCUAGGAACACUGCUGCAGAAGGUGGUAUCGUUGCCGUAUACUACGGAGGAACAAUGAUUGGAGCCCUCAUGGCAGGAUAUUUGGCCGAUCGAUGCGGACGUAUUAAAGCUAUUAUCUUCGGCUGUUUAUGGAUCAUUCUGGGCGCUGCACUGCAGGCAUCGGCUUAUAAUAUCACCUGGAUGUGCUUUGGACGGGUUCUUGCUGGUAUUGGAGUAGGGUCUAUCGACUGUGUUAUCCCGGUCUGGUCAGCCGAGGUCAGCAGCCACUCAGCUCGAGGAGCGUUUUUGGCUCUUGAGUUUGUCAUGAAUAUCGGAGGUCUGGCGAUGGCCUACUGGAUUGAAUAUUUCGCCUCCCUGAACCCCAACGAGUCCAUGGCUUGGCGCACUCCACUAGCCUUGCAAUUGGUAUUUAUUCUCAUUAUUGGGGCUGGUAUAAAUUUCUUUCCCGAGUCACCUCGCUGGUUGAUGAAGAUGGGGCGGUACGAGGAGGCGCGAGAUAUUCUGCAAGCCACACGGUCCGGGGAUAUUGAAAUGGAGGCCAAACAGAUCAUGCAGGCUGUGCAAUACGAACUAAAAGUAUCAUCAGCUAACCAAUACCUGACCAUGAUUUUCCCCAGGGAUGAGUAUACCCGAGCGCUGCGAUGGCGAGUCUUUCUUGCUGUCUGGUUACAGAUCAUGCAGGAGCUUGUUGGCAUUGGGGUUAUCACUGUUUAUGCCGUCGAUCUGUUCUCCACGGCGGGAUUCGAUGAAAAUCUGUCGAAGCUUCUGGCUGGCUUUAAUAAUAUUAGCUAUAUGUUUUCAGUUUUUUUCGCGGUCAUCACCCUAGAUCGCUACGGACGCCGGCAAACCAUGGUUUGGGGCGCUGUUGUCAUGGGUCUUACCCUGCUAGUGGCUGGCAUCCUUGAUAUGUAUGCCCAAGAAGCCGGACCAAACCAAAGGAAAUUCGGGGCCGGUGUCGCAGCGAUGACCUUCUGCUACACAGCCACGUUUGGCGCCACCUGGCUAACCACGCCAUGGCUUUAUCCAACAGAGAUUUUCCCACUCACCGUACGUGCGAAGGGAGGCGCGUGGUCUGUAGUCGGAUGGUCAAUCGGAAACGGCGUGGUGACCAUGAUUACGCCUUUCCUCUUCCAGGCCAUUGGGUAUGGGACACUUCUACUACUAUGCGGGCUGAAUGUCUUCGUCAUUCCGUUUCUGCUCGUACUUUACCCGGAAACAGCCGGUCGAAGCCUCGAGCAGAUGGAUGUUUUCUUCGAUAACGCCGAUAGCUGGAAUGUGUUUGCCGCCAGUAAAGCAAUUCGGGAGAAGGGCAUUGAUGACUGGGAGUGGACGAAGAAGGUUUCUGCGAGAGGUACCACUGAGGGUUGA